UUUGUAAGGGCGCUUCUCCUCCCUAUCGUCACUAUUAAUUGUCUCGCUAUUCCUCUUCCCCUAGAAGCAGGUCGAGGGCAGGCUUUCUCUUCGCUCGCUAUUUUACACCUUCGGUUCGGCCGGGGUGUUUGGAGAAAAAAAAAGAAUAGGGAGAAAAAGACGACGGUAUAGGACGGCAACAUCUGACCAUGCGUUCGGCCCUCGUCCUCUUCGCCUCGGCCGUUUCGGCCAAGGUGAUGGAUAGUCUCGCUUCUGUUCCCAAGGGUUGGGCCGAACUCCGCCCAGCAUCUCCGGACGAUCGUGUCUCGCUGCGCGUCGGCCUCGCCCAGCAGCACGCGGCGGCGCUGGAGCAGGCCGUGCUCGAGGUCUCGACACCGGGACAUCCGAACUACGGAAUGCACCUGUCGCGUGAGGAGAUCCGAGUCUACACAGCGCCGACUCGGAAAUCGGUGUCGUCCGUCGUCAAUUGGCUGGCUGGGAGCCACGUCAAGCCGUCGGUAGACAACGACUGGAUCACCUUCACGACGGACGUCAAGACGGCGAAUGAUCUGCUCAAUGCUACCUUCGCCUGGUAUCAGUACGAAGCGGGCGGCAGCCCCAAGCUUCGGACGCUGUCGUACAGCAUCCCUGACGCGUUGGCGACGAGCAUUGACCUGAUCCAGCCGACCACUCGCUUUGGCCAACUCGGUGCCAAAAAGUCGACCAUCUUCGAGAUGCAGGUUCUCGAGCCGGCAGAGGAGGAUAUCGCCACGGCCAGCGUCUCGACUAAUGCGGCUCUCGCUGACUGCAAUACGUCGAGAAUCACGCCCGCCUGUCUCAAGUCCCUCUACAACAUCAAGUACACCGCGCCCACCGGUGGAAAUCUCGUCGCCUUCGGCUCGUACCUAGAGGAAUAUGCUCGGUACUCGGACCUCCAGUCGUUCGAGCGCCAGUAUCUCCCCGAAGCCGUCGGUCACAACUUUACCGUCGAGCUAGUUAACGGAGGACUAGAUGACCAGGCCAGCAGCGACGAUAGCGGAGAGGCGAAUCUCGACGUUCAAUACGUGGCGGCUAUCAGCCAUCCCAUCCCGAUCUUACAAUACAGCACCGGCGGUCGCGGGCCACUUGUCCCUACUCAUGACCAGCCUGGCCCCUCGACGAACGAGCCCUACUUGGAGUUUCUGACGUAUCUACUUGACCAAGACGACUCGGCCCUGCCGCAGACGCUCACAACCUCAUACGGCGAGGAGGAGCAGUCGGUGCCGGCGGAGUACGCGUUGAGAGUGUGCAACCUGUUCUUGCAGCUCGGAGCACGCGGCGUAAGCGUCUUGUUCUCGUCCGGCGACUCCGGGCCCGGAGACUCGUGCAUCCGGGAAUCGGACGGCGCGCCGUACUUCCAGCCGACGUUCCCGGCCGGCUGCCCGUACGUGACGGCCGUCGGCGCCACCCACAACGUCGAGCCCGAGGCGGGCGUCAGCUUCUCGAGCGGCGGCUUCAGCUCGCUCCACGCGCAGCCGGCCUGGCAGCGGGACGCCGUGAACGCGUACCUCGCAUCGAUCGGCGCGACCUACUCGGCCUUCUUCAACGCGUCGAACCGGGGCUUCCCCGACGUCGCGGCCCAGGGCAGCCGCUUCGUGGUCGUGGACAAGGGCCGGACGGCGCUGCUCUCGGGCACGAGCGCGUCGAGCCCCGUCUUCGCCGGCGUCGUGGCCCUGCUCAACGCCGCGCGCAGGAGCCAGAGCCAGCCGCCGCUCGGCUUCCUCAACCCGUGGCUGUACAACAACAGCGCCGCCCUGACCGACGUCACCGAGGGGUACGGGUCCGGCUGCGCGACCAACGCCGCCUUUGGGAACGGCGCGAGGUGGAACGCUACCGCGGGAUGGGACCCGGUCACGGGCUUGGGCACGCCCGACUUCCCCAAGCUGCUCGCAGCGGCCGCCCCGGGGGUCGAGAACGCGUAGAGCGAGCUUUUGGACGGUUACAAUAGUGGUCUUAGAGGCCUUUCAUUCUUAUAAUCGACGCUGAGCUAGC